CGUGACGCGAUAGGUAGUCAGUCCUGAUUGGUUGCUCGGCUCGCCUUUAGCCGAGGACGAUCCCCUCCACGCUGUUCCGGAACACGAGCACCCUACGCAGAGAUUCAACCAUGGAUCUUGUGCUGAAUGUUGCGGACUAUUACUUCCUUACCCCGUAUGUAUACCCUACAUCGUGGCCUGAGGACGGGGCCCUGCGGCAGAUUAUCAGCCUGUUAGUAGUGACAAACCUCGGUGCUGCAGUCCUGUACCUGGGCCUGGGAGCCAUUAGUUACUAUUUCAUCUUUGACCACAAUCUGAAGAAACACCCGCACUAUUUAGAGAAUCAGGUUCAGAGGGAAAUCAAAUAUGCAAUGACCUCUCUGCCCUGGAUCAGCAUUCCCACAGUGGCCUUGUUUUUUGCUGAAGUUCGAGGAUACAGCAAACUGUUUGACAAUGUCAGUGACUGUCCGCUGGGUUGGCCUGGUCUCUUCUUGAGUAUGAUCUCUUUCCUGCUUUUCACUGACAUGUGUAUCUACUGGAUUCAUCGGUUCCUACAUCAUAAGCUUAUUUACAAGCUCUUUCACAAACCACACCACAUAUGGAAGAUCCCCACUCCUUUUGCCAGUCAUGCCUUUCAUCCGGUAGACGGCUUCCUGCAAGGACUCCCAUACCACAUUUACCCUUUCCUCUUCCCCCUGCACAAAGUGCUCUACUUGGCCCUGUACGUUUUCGUCAACAUCUGGACCAUUUCUAUCCACGAUGGUGACUAUCGUGUCCCCAGUGCCCUGACAAGUGUCAUCAAUGGCUCAGCUCACCACACAGACCACCACCUUUUCUUCGACUACAAUUAUGGCCAAUACUUUACACUGUGGGACCGUGUGGGACGCUCCUACAGACACCCAUCGGCUCUGAUGGGCAAGGGUCCCCAUGAUCUGAUCCGGAAACUUCAAGCAGAGGGAAAGACAGAGAAAACCCUAAAGGACAAGUGAAUGGACAUUCUCAGAGAGGCGUCCCACGUAAGGAGGGGUAAUAGUAGGGGAAUUUAUGAUUAAUUACAAAAAGUGAUAUCUAUUUUUAUAAAGACAAUGUACUACAUUCAUGUUAAAGUCCUAUUCGCACUGGACUAUUUUACCACAUCUGUGUUUCAUGCAACACAUUCAUAUGUCAUUAGUAAAAGUUUGUAUUUUACUAACAAUGGACGCAUGAAGAGACACUUUUCAUUGCUGUGUGGGGUGAACCAUGUUAGCACAAGAUUAGAUCGAAUGGUGCACAACUACAGUAUACUCACAAAAACAUCUAUCCGCAUGCAGGUCAUUUCAUAAUUUUUCGAGAUUUCGCUCUUCUGAUGGAUUUUAGUUCGCUCUAUCUCCAAAUGGAUCUCCAUGCUGUAGUCUGCUGAAUUUGCGUCCAAAAUGUUCUUGAAACUUAUUUGUAAGUGCCAACACAGCCUCUGUUUUUCACAACUGAGAAAGAGGCAGAUCAGUGCAGACACAACAGAAUCAGCAAUAUGUUAGAAAUCAUAGUCUAGGAAUGAACCUAUUGUAUAAUUUGAGCUUGUUCACUAUACUUGCCAAACAUUGCCAAUUGCCUGUUGUGAGCGUGAUUGAUUAGAUUUCAGGACUGGUGUUACAAGGGUCGAUUGUGAAUGCAUACUAGAUUUAAAGUACUCUUCAAACACUCUGGGUUACAGAGAUAUUAGCCCAGUUUUACAUAAAUAAAUCCUCUAAGUCUGACAGAAAAUACUGAAAUUACAUAGAGAUUUACUUACAGGACAACCAGCAGGCUAACACAUUUCCCUUUAAAGGAAAGGCUCUAGUCCAUCCAGCAGAAAGGUUGUGCCUUCUGAUUGGAGCAGUUGGUUGUACAAGGCUAUUUUGCCAAGCAAUAAAAACAAGCAUUCAAAAAAU